AUGGAGUGGCAUCCAAGUCUUUUCUUUCGUCCCGAGGGCAGUCCGGCACCGUACGCUCUGUUGAUCUUGAAUCAGCCAAUCAACGAGAGGGCAUAUGAGGUAUUGAGUGAACAUGCUUCCUACGUUAUAUGCGCCGAUGGAGGUGCCAAUAGACUAUACGAUUUAACGAAGAGCCAAGGGCGAGAGUCAAAAGAACUUCCAGAUAUCAUCGUUGGUGAUCUGGACUCUCUCCAGCCAGCGGUACGAACGCAUUAUGAAAAAUUUGGAGUAAGCAUUCUGAAAGAUUCGGACCAAUAUUCAACGGAUUUUACCAAAUGUUUGAAUUACCUCAAUACCCAUGCAUCGGAGAUCAUUGCAAAUCCUCGUCGAGGUCAACUAGAGAACGCCUCUCAACCAAGCCCAAACUCAUUGCUUGAUAUUGUUAUUCUCGGCGGUCUAGGUGGCCGUGUUGAUCAGGCCUUUUCGCAAAUUCAUCAUUUGUAUAUGAUGACCCAAGCACAGCGACAAUUACGCCAAGUCAACCACAUUGCCAGUGAAACAGACUUCUAUCCUGAUGGGGACAACAAGCCCCAGCCGGGUGCAGGCGGAGGCCUCUAUCUAGUCUCCGAGGAAAGCAUGACAUUUGUGUUGCAGCAAGGCCGAAAUAUCAUUUUCACACCCGCAACGAGACGUGCAGAUCUCGAAAAAGCUGCUUCGGCCUUUGAAAUGCAAUCUCAACCCUCUGGAGCGCCUCAAAAUGGUAGACUUGAUGGGAAAUACGAAGCAGAGUAUUUUUUCGAAGAGAAUGUUGGCAUCAUUCCUCUAUCUGCUCCAGCUUCCAUCACCACCCAGGGAUUUGAGUGGGAUGUGCAAGAUUGGCAUACUGAGAUCGGAGGGCAGAUCUCUACAAGUAAUCAUAUUCGAGCUGAAAAGGUCGAAGUGACGACAUCAGUCCCAGUACUUUUUACUGUGGAGUUGGCGCAAAGACUGAAGAGAUGA